GCCGCCUGCGCCCGGGGGAGGCGGCCCACGUGCGACGGAACCAGCAGCAUGAGCAGCGGCUACAGCAGCCUGGAGGAGGACGCCGAGGACUUCUUCUUCACCGCCAGGACCUCCUUUUUCAGGAGAGCGCCCCAGGGCAAGCCCCGCGCCGGCCAGCAAGAUGUGGAGAAAGAGAAGGAGACCCACAAUUACCUCAGCAAAGAGGAAAUCAAAGAGAAAGUUCAUAAAUACAACCUAGCAGUCACAGACAAGUUGAAGAUGACCUUGAAUUCAAAUGGGAUUUACACUGGCUUCAUUAAAGUCCAGAUGGAGCUCUGCAGGCCCCCCCAGACUUCUGGAAAGCUCGCUCCCAGUAGCAACGGCUGUAUGAAUACGCUGCACAUCAGCAGCACGAACACCGUCGGGGAAGUGAUCGAGGCCCUGCUCAAGAAGUUUCUCGUGACCGAGAGCCCUGCCAAGUUUGCACUUUAUAAGCGUUGUCAUAGGGAAGACCAAGUCUACGCCUGUAAGCUCUCAGACCGCGAGCAUCCACUCUACCUGCGUUUGGUGGCUGGGCCCAGAACAGACACACUGAGUUUUGUUCUUCGUGAACACGAAAUCGGAGAGGUAAGUGAUUGUUCAUUCUUGCUUUACACUGUAGAGAGCACCUCGCCCUGUUUUACUGCUCGAAUCUAGUGACUUUAU